GCGUUCACUCUCGCCGCCGACAGUCAGUGCUCGACACAAGCCUCGCCAUGGCGGACCCCCGGGCUCUGGCGAGGUACCUCCUCCUUCCUUUCAGGCUCAUCAGGGCGGUCCUUUUCAAUAUAGCUUUGACCGUCGCUAUGAAACUUUUCCCCAAGACCUUCUACAGUUUUUUCUUCACUGAACCAGACAAAAAUGACAUGAACAAAUACAUGUCCCCAAUUGCGAAAAAUGUAGGAGAUAUAUCCUACAUUUGGCAAAGGAUGCGUAUGCAUUGGCUGUGCGCCGUGCGGGAAACAACCAUGGUCGCCCACCCAGGCGGCCCCGCGCCCAACCCGACCCUCGUCAGGUUGCGUGAUGGCUCUGAGUGCCGCCUGCUGGACAUGGCCAAGGCAGGCCGGCCGCUUGUCGUCAACUUCGGCAGCUGCACAUGACCUCCGUUCAUGGCCAGCCUCGCAAAGUUCCGCAAGCUGACAGCGGAAUACUCCGAGGUGGCCGACUUCGUCCUGGUCUACAUUUCAGAGGCGCAUCCCACCGACGGCUGGGCCAUCGAGGGAAAUGUGUUCCAGGUCUCCAACCACAAAAACAUGAAAGAGCGCGAGGAAGCAGCAAAGCGCAUGGCCGCCAUGGAGCCCCAAGACUGCCCGAUUCUCCUGGACAAGUUGGACGACGCAGCCAACAAGGCGUACGCUGCUCUGCCCGAGAGACUCUACGUCGUGCACGAAGGAUCCAUCGCCUUCAAGGGCGACCAAGGACCCUUGCACUAUAAGGUGCAUAAAGUAGAGGACUGGUUAAAGGCAUACAAGGAAAAGCGAGAAUAGACAGGGAUGGAGAGAGACGCAUCUGCGAAGAAUUAUUGGAAAAAUGAGCGCUGUUUUUUACUUAUUGUUCUCAGAGUGGAUUUCUACUGCCAUAUUGUGGAAGGCAGUCCAAUCACCGCAAUAUUAAGUUUUGACAUUGUUCAUAUAUCUGAACAAUUCAUCAUAUCUUAGAAACCGAUACAGCAUGGAGUUUUUGAGUCAGGUCAAGUUACCACUUAUAUGACGUGUUUAUCAGAAAGGUUAACAGCCAAGAUAAGCACUGAUGAAGUCGUGGUACCUGCUCCUGACCUUCUAACUCUGGUCUUUAACGCUUAUAAUUCACGUGUAUAAAGAAAAAAAACAUACUACACGUCCGUUUUUACUGUUUUGAAUAUGCAGCGAAAAACAUCAUAUGAAUAGACUCAUUUUGUGAACAAUUCGUAAAACUUCAGAUACUGCUCGCCGAAAAUUAGUGUUGAGGUAAAUGUAUGAAGUUUGUACGAAGAUUGAGGUAAAUGGACAUAUUAGGAAACAAGUAGAAGUAAAGCAAUUGCUGUGUAAACAUUUUCAUUUAGGUAUUGUCACGUCAUAAAUGAAGAUCAAAGUAUCAGAGGAGAUAAAGAAUAUACGAGUUAUUCCUGUAUAUACCUUUAUUAAAUGGAGAGGUUGUCUUGAGUGCCCUAAUUGUAUGUAGCAGAAAAAGUUGCUGUGAAGACCAGCAUUAAAAUUUGGAAAAAAAACGAAUAUUAUUCAUACCUCCUAAACGUGUAUACUUUUUAUCAAGGUAGUAACACUGAAAAAUGCUAAAGUAACGUGAUGCCUGGCUACUCUCCCAUUAAGAAUUUAUAUAUAUGGUGACUUAUCUUAGGGGUCAUCCAUUUCUUUUUCCACAAAUGUACAACGAGUACUCUUACCCCAAUUCCCCCUCUCCCGUCCAGUGUACAGAAAAAAGAUAAAAAGGAUCUCCGAUUUCAUUGGCAUCAUCCUUUCUGUGUUCUAAAAAGCGUACGCCAGAGAUGGGAUGGGAUAUAAGCUCGGUGUUAUUAUGCAAGGCAUAGAAGAGUAUGGAAUUCAAUUUGUCUAGUACAAACGAUUCUGUUGUAGCUUGCAGGAAUUUCCAGAAGAGCACCAAUAAUCCGGGAACACCGUCGGAGGCUGCGCGAAUCUGGAAAAAGAGAUCCCCUCUGGCAAGAUUCUUAUUUUCCGUUAACG